ACAGUUUCUCCUGCUACCACCAUCACAUAGCGCUGGGAAUUAUGGCUCCGUACUUUGAGACCGUCAAGUCAUUCGCAGAUGUACCGUAUGAGAACGGCGUCGUGACUGUCGAGUUCCUCGAGGCGUCGGAUGGAUUCGUCAACAUGUUCGAUCUCCUCGGAACUGGUGUCUUCGGCUUCGUUCAGAACGACCUACGGUCCAACAUAAGUGUAAGUACCCUUCGAUGCACCCUGUCGUAUCUGACAUGGAUUGUAAAGGGUGUUCGAGGCCGCUACCAAAGCGCCUCAGAAAACUCUGCGACAUUGGAAGCGUUGGUCACCCACGAAUCACAAGGACAUGACCGAUAUGGCACUCAGUGCCUCGUCAGACUGAUCCGAGGACUUGCCUUCACCUGUCGCGCACUGCAAAACAUGCAGAGCGACCGGUCAUCCGAGUUGCACGUAUGCUUCAAGCGCUCCUACGAUGUGGUCCUCCGAAAGCACCACAACUUCAUCAUCCGCUCUGCCGUUUCCGUCGCUAUCCGAGCGGUUCCCCAUCGGCACGACUUCUACCACCGCAUCUCUCAAGGCGGCGACAUCGACAAGCUAGACGCCGAGAUGAAGAAAUGGCUUUCAGCUCUUGACGUGAUCGUAUCCCGAAUGACAGCGUUCCUCGAACAGGGCGGUCAUGGGAGAGUUUGAUAUAGGCGCUCAUGAGCAGGAUGAAUGUCUUCGGCGGCGACUAUUCUGCUCAAGGCCGUGAUCGAGUAUCGUCACUCUUACUUUAUGUUCGUCUAUGUAGAAGGCGCUGGCCGCCUUGUCAUCGAUAGAUCCGUUUUAUACGGGGCA